CACUGCCGGGCACAGAUGAGGGGCACGGGCUGGCGGGCGUGUCCCUGUCCGGCUUGGGGAAGCUCCGGGGUCCGCAGGGCGCGGCCCAGCCAGGCGCCUGCAGGGCGAGGGAUGCUGCCCGCCCCGAGAGGGCUGGCCGAGCACAAGCGUAUUAGAAGCGCCGAGCCACGGCCCUGUUCCUCCAGCAAGCGGAACGGCGGCCUGAGCACAGUGACCAGGAAAAUGGCACACAGCUUUUCGCUUAAUAAUACCUUAGCUGGACCUGGAAACCCAAACCCUCAGGGAUGGCCUGCAUGGGGAAACCAGCCUGGGGCUGGGGGCUACCCAGGGGCUUCCUAUCCUGGGGCCUACCCGGGACAGGCUCCUCCUAGUGCCUACCCUGGCCCAAUGGCCCCUGGGGUUUACCCCAGACCUCCUGCACCAGGAGCCUUCCCAGGGCAACCUGGGGGACCUGGGGCCUACCCCAGUGCUCCCGGGGCCUAUCCUGCUGCUGGCCCUUAUGGUGCCCCUGCUGGACCACUGCCAGUGCCUUAUGAUCUGCCCUUGCCUGGAGGAGUCAGGCCCCGAAUGAUGAUCACAAUCCUGGGCACAGUGAAGCCCAGUGCCAACAGGUUUGCUCUAGAUUUCAAGAGAGGGAAUGACGUUGCCUUCCACUUUAACCCCCGCUUCAAUGAAAACAACAGAAGAGUCAUCGUGUGCAACACCAAGCAGAACAACAACUGGGGAAGGGAAGAGAGACAGUCAGCUUUCCCGUUUGAAAGCGGCAAGCCCUUCAAAAUACAAGUCCUGGUUGAAGCUGACCACUUCAAGGUUGCGGUCAACGAUGCCCACCUGCUGCAGUACAACCAUCGGAUGAAAAACCUCUGGGAAAUCAGCCAGCUGGGGAUCUCCGGUGACAUAACCCUCACCAGCGCUUCACACACCAUGAUCUAAUCCAGAAGGGCCAACCCCUGAAACUGGCUCUGAGCUCAUCACGAAUGAAAGAAUUUACAUUUAUUCCUCCUCAUCCUUCCAUUUAGUAAAUAUUCUCAUGCUGA